AUGUCAAAAUUUAAACUUGUUUAUCUUCCACAAGAUGGUAAAAAAAACUGUAUAUUUACAAACAUAAAUUUAAAAAAGCUUUCAUCACCAAUUACAAUCUCUAGAGAAAAGCCUUUAGAAGAAGAUGUUGUUUUUAAUGCUAGAAAAAGGAGUGAAGUUGUUGAAUAUGAGGCCGAAGAAUAUUUAAAAUUGAAAAAAAAAGAAUCUUGUCCAAUAUUGGUAGAAGAUGCUGAUUCGUUGUCAUUUUUAGGAAAACUGCAAGAUCUUGGUUCUAAUAGUUCUUGUUAUUUUACUUUUAUAAGAGAAGGCAACACUGUUUAUAUUACACCUAUUAAUAAAUGGUACAGAUUUACUCAAAAAAUACCACUUAAGGAGAGUGUAAAUGAAGAUGAAAUAACUAAAGUAAUAUCUGAAAAAGUAAUACACGAUGGUUCUAAUGAAUCUGACAGAGAAGAAAUUGAUUUUGAUGAUCAAUUUCAAGAUGAUGAUGGCGAAGAGUAUAAUUUUGAAGUUCAAAAGCAGAAGAAAUUGACUACAGAAGGUAAAAAAUUAAGAAAUCUAGUUGAUAACCUUGAAAAAGGGGAAGAUGAAGCAUAUGAAGAACAUGUUAAAGAAGAUGUUAUUAAAAUUGAAACAAAGCAACGAGUCAAAAAUGUUCUGACCGAUGAAAAAAUAAGAGAGUGCUUUGUUACGCCAUUAAUGUCUGUUAAAGAGUUAAUAAGGAAACUUAAAACUAGUUUUCAUUUAGAUAAUGAUGAAAAAAUACUACUAAAAAAAUUUAUAAAUGAAUCUUGUGUCUUUGAAAUAGACAAAUUAACUGGAGAGAAACAACUUAAAUUGAAAAGAUAA